CCCCGAACCGCCCCGCCCGGCCCCGCCAUGCAGCCCCCGGCCCGCGAGCAGGACGCCCGCACCAAGAGCAUGUUCGUGUCGCGGGCCCUGGAGAAGAUCCUGGCGGAGAAGGAGGCGAAGCGGCCGCCGCACGGGCAGCUGCGGAGAGCCUGCCAGGUGGCGCUGGAUGAAAUAAAAAGUGAGCUGGAAAAGCAAAGAGAAGGCACCGCUGCUCCACCGAAAGCAAAUUUCAUCGAAGCAGAUAAAUACUUCCUUCCGUUUGAGCUGGCCUGCCAGUCAAAGUCUCCACGCAUUGUCAGCACUUCCCUGGAUUGUUUGCAGAAACUCAUUGCAUAUGGACAUAUCACUGGCAACGCUCCAGACAGCGGAGCUCCCGGGAAACGGCUGAUUGACCGGAUAGUUGAAACCAUUUGCAACUGCUUUCAGGGUCCUCAAACAGAUGAAGGAGUACAGCUGCAGAUAAUUAAGGCUCUCCUCACUGCAGUAACAUCUCCGUAUAUAGAAAUCCAUGAAGGAACAAUUCUCCAGACUGUUAGAACCUGCUACAACAUCUAUCUGGCCAGUAAAAAUCUUAUUAACCAGACAACUGCCAAAGCUACCCUGACACAGAUGUUAAAUGUCAUUUUUACACGUAUGGAAAACCAAGCUGUCCAGGAGUCCAGGGAAGCAGAGAGGGUGGCUCAGCAGAAGGUGCAGUCCCCGGCAGUGCCGGCAGGGUCCCGGUCCCCAGGGCAUGGGCAGCUCAGCUCCCGGGGAGGCAGAGCCGCACCCCCCGGCACAGGAAUGGCCAACGGGGAGCCCGAGGGGCCGUCGGAUCGGGAACGCACCCCAGCAGCACCGGAGGAAACAACUGAUGGAGGAAAAGAAAUGGUUAAAGGCAUCUUGGAAGAUGUGGUCAAGUCAGCUGUGAAAGUGGCUGAAGAAAAGCAGGUAACAGAACCAGUCAGGGCUCUGCCUCCACUGGAGACUGCAGAUACUGUUCUUUCUGGCUCUAGCAAUGAAACCGUGCAAACAAACGGGAUUUCAGAUGAUGGGCAGUCUGUUUCCUCCACUGAUAAUCUGGAAACAGAUGUAUCUGGACAUCAAGCUGCUGCCAGAUUCUCCCAUGUGCUACAAAAGGAUGCCUUCCUUGUGUUCAGGUCGUUGUGCAAGCUCUCCAUGAAACCUCUCGGGGAUGGACCACCAGAUCCCAAAUCCCAUGAGUUGCGCUCCAAGGUCGUGUCUCUGCAGCUGCUCCUGUCGGUGCUGCAGAAUGCGGGUCCAGUUUUCAGGACACAUGAAAUGUUCAUCAAUGCAAUCAAGCAGUAUCUUUGUGUAGCAUUAUCUAAAAAUGGAGUCUCUUCUGUUCCUGAUGUAUUUGAGCUCUCUCUUGCCAUCUUUCUCACGCUGCUUUCGAAUUUUAAGACCCAUUUAAAAAUGCAGAUUGAGGUUUUCUUCAAAGAGAUCUUCCUGAAUAUUCUGGAGACUUCUUCAAGUUCCUUUGAACACAAAUGGAUGGUGAUUCAGACUUUAACUAGAAUUUGUGCAGAUGCCCAGUGUGUAGUGGAUAUUUAUGUGAACUAUGACUGUGAUUUAAACGCUGCUAAUAUUUUUGAGCGCCUGGUGAAUGAUUUGUCCAAAAUUGCGCAGGGACGAAGUGGGCAUGAGUUGGGCAUGACACCUUUACAGAUGAACCUCAGGAUUAAAGGACUAAUUUGUCUCAUCAGUUUGUCCUUGUGUUUGUUCAGUGUUUAGAAGCUAUUCAGCUCUUGGCUGAACAGGAAAACUUAAAUCUUGCCUUGUUUAUAACCAGGUUCAUACAAACCAUCUGAACAGGAAAUGGCUGAAGGUAAAUGCCUGGAGAGUGGAGGGAGACGGAGUAGUGUCAGUUCCUUGGACUCCACCGUGUCCUCAGGAGUUGGAAGUGUCGGUACUCAGACUGCUGUCCCAGAUGACCCGGAGCAAUUCGAAGUCAUCAAGCAACAAAAGGAAAUAAUUGAACAUGGGAUAGAACUGUUUAAUAAAAAACCGAAGAGGGGAAUACAGUAUCUACAGGAGCAGGGAAUGCUUGGCACUACAGCUGAGGACCUGGCACAAUUCUUGCACCAAGAGGAACGCCUCUGUUCUACUCAAGUAGGGGAAUUUCUUGGGGAAAGCAACAAGUUUAACAAGGAGGUGAUGUAUGCCUACGUAGACCAGCUUGAUUUCUGUGGAAAAGACUUUGUCUCUGCUCUGCGGAUAUUCCUGGAAGGUUUUCGUCUGCCGGGUGAAGCCCAGAAGAUCGACAGAUUAAUGGAGAAGUUUGCUGCUAGAUACAUUGAGUGCAACCAACGGCAAACACUAUUUGCUAGUGCUGACACUGCCUAUGUUUUGGCAUACUCCAUUAUAAUGCUGACUACAGACUUGCACAGUCCACAGGUAAAAAAUAAAAUGACAAAGGAGCAAUACAUUAAAAUGAAUCGAGGAAUCAAUGACAGUAAAGACCUGCCAGUAGAGUAUUUAUCCACAAUCUAUGAAGAAAUAGAAGGAAAGAAAAUCGCCAUGAAAGAGACAAAAGAAUACGCAAUUACAACCAAGUGUAGCAAACCAAGUGUGGCCAACGAGAAGCAGCGGAGGUUGUUGUACAACUUGGAGAUGGAGCAGAUGGCCAAGACGGCCAAGGCCCUGAUGGAGGCAGUGAGCCACGCCAAGGCACCUUUCACCAGUGCCACCCACCUGGACCACGUCAGGCCCAUGUUCAAACUCGUCUGGACUCCAUUGCUGGCAGCUUACAGUGUUGGCUUGCAGAACUGUGAUGACACAGAGGUUGCAUCUCUGUGUUUGGAAGGAAUACGCUGUGCCAUUAGGAUAGCCUGUAUCUUUGGAAUGCAGCUUGAACGAGAUGCUUAUGUACAGGCCCUUGCUCGAUUUUCCUUGUUGACUGCCAGUUCCAGCAUUACAGAAAUGAAGCAGAAGAACAUUGAUACCAUUAAGACACUCAUUACAGUUGCUCACACAGAUGGCAACUAUCUCGGGAAUUCUUGGCAUGAGAUCUUGAAAUGUAUUAGCCAGCUGGAACUGGCCCAGCUCAUAGGAACUGGCGUGAAAACUCGGUAUUUGUCUGGCUCUGGGCGUGAGAGGGAAGGCAGCAUUAAGGGCUAUGCCUCUGCAGGGGAGGAGUUUAUGGGCCUGGGAUUAGGGAACCUGGUUGGGAGUGGGGCUGAUAAACGGCACAUGGCGAGCAUCCAGGAGUCCGUGGGGGAGACCAGCUCCCAGAGCGUGGUGGUGGCAGUAGACAGGAUAUUUACAGGCUCGACCCGGCUGGAUGGGAACGCCAUAGUGGACUUUGUGCGGUGGCUCUGUGCCGUGUCCAUGGACGAACUGGCUUCCCCGCACCACCCUCGCAUGUUCAGCCUGCAGAAGAUCGUGGAGAUCUCCUAUUACAACAUGAACCGCAUCAGGCUGCAGUGGUCCAGGAUCUGGCACGUGAUUGGAGAUCACUUCAAUAAGGUUGGGUGUAACCCUAAUGAAGAUGUCGCCAUCUUUGCCGUAGACUCAUUAAGGCAGCUGUCAAUGAAGUUUCUUGAGAAGGGAGAGUUGGCCAACUUCCGCUUCCAGAAGGACUUCCUAAGGCCUUUUGAGCAUAUUAUGAAGAAAAACAGAUCUCCGACUAUUCGGGACAUGGUGAUACGCUGCAUUGCUCAGAUGGUGAACUCUCAAGCUGGGAACAUUCGUUCAGGCUGGAAAAAUAUCUUUGCAGUCUUUCAUCAAGCAGCAUCAGACCACGAUGGGAAUAUCGUGGAGCUGGCCUUCCAGACUACAGCACACAUAGUUACAAAUAUUUUCCAGCAGCAUUUUCCAGCAGCAAUUGACUCAUUUCAGGAUGCAGUAAAAUGCCUCUCUGAGUUUGCCUGUAACGUUGCCUUCCCGGACACCAGCAUGGAGGCCAUCAGGCUUAUUCGCUACUGUGCAAAAUACGUCUCAGAGAGACCACAGGUUUUAAGAGAAUACACAAGCGAUGACAUGAAUGUGGCUCCCGGAGACAGAGUAUGGGUCAGAGGAUGGUUUCCCAUUUUAUUUGAACUUUCUUGUAUCAUCAAUCGUUGCAAAUUAGAUGUUCGGACAAGAGGCUUAACGGUGAUGUUUGAAAUCAUGAAGAGUUACGGGCAUACCUUUGAAAAGCACUGGUGGCAAGAUCUGUUCAGAAUUGUGUUUCGGAUUUUUGAUAAUAUGAAACUCCCUGAACAACAAACAGAGAAAUCCGAGUGGAUGACCACGACGUGCAACCACGCUCUCUAUGCCAUCUGCGACGUGUUCACCCAGUUCUACGAGGCUUUGCACGAGAUCCUCCUUCCUGACAUACUGGCACAGCUACACUGGUGUGUAAAACAAGAGAAUGAGCAGUUGGCACGAUCCGGUACAAACUGCCUGGAAAACCUGGUAAUACUCAAUGGACAGAAAUUCAGCCCUGAAGUCUGGGGCCAGACGUGCAAUUGUAUGCUAGAAAUCUUCAAAACAACUAUUCCUCACGUCUUGCUGACGUGGAGGCCUGUGGGAAUGGAGGAAGAUUCAGCUGAAAAACACUUGGAUUUGGACCUAGAUCAUCAGUCUUUAAGCAGCAUGGAUAAAAAUGCUUCUGAAAGAGGACAAAGUCAAUAUUCAAAUCCAACAGAUGAGAGCUGGAAAGGUGGUCCUUAUACAAACCAGAAACUGUUUGCUGGCCUCCUUAUCAAGUGUGUGGUGCAGCUGGAGUUGAUACAGACCAUUGAUAACAUAGUGUUCUAUCCAGCAACAAGCAAGAAGGAGGAUGCUGAGCACAUGGCUGCAGCUCAGCGAGACGCGCUGGAUGCAGAUAUCCACAUUGACACGGAGGACCAGGGAAUGUACAAACACAUGUCUUCUCAUCACCUCUUCAAGUUACUGGAUUGUCUGCAAGAGUCUCAUUCAUUUUCAAAAGCCUUUAACUCAAAUUACGAGCAGCGAACUGUGUUAUGGAGAGCAGGGUUCAAGGGUAAAUCAAAACCCAAUCUCUUAAAACAAGAGACCAGCAGCUUGGCGUGCUGCUUGAGGAUCCUGUUCCGGAUGUACGUGGAUGAAAGCCGGCGGGACUCCUGGGAUGUGGUUCAGCAGCGACUGCUCAGUGUGUGCAGUGAAGCCCUGGCAUAUUUUAUUACUGUCAACUCAGAAAGCCACAGAGAAGCCUGGACCAAUCUCCUGCUGUUGCUCUUAACAAAAACACUAAAAAUCAGUGAUGACAAGUUCCGGGCGCACGCGGCCACCUACUACCCGUACCUGUGCGAGCUCAUGCAGUUCGACCUGAUCCCCGAGCUCCGCGCCGUGCUCAGGAAGUUCUUCCUGCGCAUCGGGGUCGUGUUCAACAUCUGCGUGACGGGGGAGCCCGGACGGACAGCGGGUGGGAGCUCGCCCUCCUGCUGGCCCUGAGCAGGGCUGCUGCUCCGGCCUGUACACAGAGCUGCGCUCCUGAGAUGGAUUGAAGCGGACGGGGAAAAAAUGGGAGCCUGGCGUAUCACCACGGCAGCAAGUGACGCUUACCACAGUGGCAUUUGGGGACGAGGAAAAUAAUCCUGUUCUGUCCAUCCUACAAAGCUGUCGGCAGUUUUAUUUAAAUGAUUGCUUACAGUAGGUGUGCAGUCUCUUUGUUUCAAUGCUCGUCAUCUUCACGAUCUGGUCUCUCUCUUCCGGUCUUUUAUCCGCUGCUCGGCCCUGCAUCCCAGCUAGAGCUGAUAAAUCAGUUGGAUCUCUCCACUGAAAUUAUGCCCCUUGGAAGUAAUGACUGUAGUUGUGUAGCCUUGUGAUGUUGGCACGUGUGUUCAUAAUAAACUUGACUGCAGUGGCCAAGGACCACCUGA